CAAUGUCACUACUGACUCAGUUGUCAACCCCGCUCAUAGGAAUAUUGCCGUUUGUUUGGAAAACACGAAAAUCAAAUUGAUCUGCAUUUAAUUAAAAGCCGAAAUGGCCGAAGAAAAUGGAGAAUCAGGUACUAGCACCUUGGACAUAUCAAAGUUAAAGGUUCCGGAUUUAAAAAAAGAACUAAAAAGUCGUGGUUUAAGCACUACCGGUAACAAAAACGACUUAGUAGAAAGGCUCCAGACAGCCCUAAAAUCAUCCGACAUCAUUUCCAAUGACACUCUAAACGAGGAAGAUCUUUUAAAUGAGGAAGAUGACGACGAUGUCCACCUUGAUGAAAAAGAAGAAUCGAUAAUAGGAGACCUGGACAGUGACUUAAGCGAUUUGCCAAGAGCUGAAAAACGCAAAUCUCAGCCCGAGAGUGCUAAAGUACAAUCAGAGAGUGGACCUCCCAAAAAGGUGAUUUUGAAAAGAAAUACACAAGAACCGGUGGCAAAAGUAGUCUCUAAGGUGUCCGAAGAAAAAGUGAAUGUUCUCUCUGAUGAAGGAAAGCCUGCAGAAAAUGAUGAUGGGAAAAAGGUUAUUAAACUAUCUGAGUUAUCUGUUAAAGAGAGACUAGAAAUGAGAGCAAAAAAAUUUGGAGUGUCCUCUUUAGGAGACGAGGCCAAGAAACUUGCCAGAGCCGAGCGGUUCGGACAGACUUCAAACAGUUCAAAUUCAAACAGUGCAGCCAGUAUUACAUUGAACGGUACAAGCACAAACAUCGACGUGCUAAAACAACGUGCGGCACGAUUCGGCGGUUCGGUAUCGAGCGUGAUCUCCAGUUUAGAAGUGAAAGAAAAAUUGGAAAAACGAAAGGAACGGUUCGGCGGCGGCGGUACCAUCAACGGAAAGAGUUCGACCGAUAUUGAAGCGGCCAAAGCGGCGAGGUUGGAACGGUUUAAAACGACGGUGAAAUAGUACUGUGCCAAAUUAAAAAAAAAAAAACGGUUUCUUUGUAAAUUGUUGUAGUUAAAUCGCUGUAAUAACUAAGACCUUAUCUUUAAAGUAAGAUAUAUGUAUUUUUGACGGACUAAAACAAAACGAGGAUUUUCUCUUUAGUGGUAUUGUUUUUUAAGCACCAAGAAAUGUUUAUAUAUGUUUUCUUAAUUUGUCGAUAAGUUUUCAUACUUGCUAAUAUAAUUUGGAAUAAAAAUAAGUGAUUUUCUGAGGAGAAUAA